GAGGGAGGGAGAGAGGGAGGGAGAGAGGGAGGGAGAGAGAGAGGGAGAGGUGUAGCUCUAACAGGUGUAUCUCAAACAGGUAAAGCUGCUCCUUCUUUUUUUCUGAAGGGCAAACAUGAUGGCGUGUGCUUGACAAAACAACACGCAACCAAACUGAGAGGACGUACACUUUCCACAAGGACUGAGUUUUUACAGCUGUAACAUAUUCCUCGCCCAGGACGGGACUUUGGAAGGGAUCAAGGAUGGAGGCAUGAGUCCGCCUCAGUGCUUCAUGCAUGCCUGCCAUUUAGGAUACCAUUACCUGGACUGAUGAGCUUCAUUUCAGUGCUGAAAUUGUCCCAGCUUGUGCACAGUUAACAAUAACUGCCGAGGAGAAUGGCACCUCUGCCGACCAGACUGUCUGUGUGUCUCUGUGUCCUCUGGAUCUUUGUUGCAGUGAUAUGGGGAGACUUUGUGGAUCUCCCUCCAAACGAUUCCAUACUCUCCCUGGCAGAGGAGGAGACCGUCCUGCCCUGUCGCUACCAGCCACCUGGUAAGACUGUGGUGGUGCAGGUCAGCUGGUAUAAGGAGAAACUCGACGGCACUAAGGAGCAGAUCAUCCUUGCACACCAUUCUAAUGGACAGACAGCGUUUGGGACAUGGUCUCGACGUGUGCGCUUUAAAAGCAGCGAGCCCACCGUGGACUCGUCUCUGGUCAUCAUGAGCGCAGAGGUCUCUGAUGAGGGGCAAUACAUCUGCCGCAUCAGCGCCUUCCCCGCCGGCAACUUUGACAGAGAGAUGUCACUCAUCGUGUGGACCGUUCCUAUCUCCUCCCUGGACCCUGUGAUUCUGGUGGAGGGACAGUCCUACCGACAGGCCGCUUCCUGUCGCUCUGUAGCCCGCCCGCCUCCCCGCCUCUCCUGGGACACUGACCUGACUGGCCAGUCCGUCAAUCGUUCCUCCGACAACGGGGCGGUGUCCUCGCACUACUCCCUGCACCCCCUGAGGAGCAUGAACGGCAAGAAGCUGGACUGUCUGGUGUGGCAUCCGACUAUAGUGGGCCCCCGCAGGCUCAGAAGCAAGUUGGUGGUGCACUUCCCUCCGCACGCAGAGGUGUCUGGCUACAAUGGAGACUGGUCCAUUGGUUUGGAGAAUGCUGCCCUGAGGUGUGUGAGUGGAGGAAACCCCGAACCACAGAGUUUCACCUGGAUCAGAAUGGGGGGAGAGUUGCCGGAGGGUGUCAUCCCCCACCCUAAUGGAACACUAGUUUUUGGGCGACCCCUAAGCUUGUCAGAUGGAGGCACCUACCAGUGUGUGGCGAAGAAUGACGUGGGAGUAGGCAAGGCGGAGGUGGAGAUUGGUGUGGGAGAAUCCCAGAGGCAGAGCGGGUUUGAAAACAUGCUGAUAAUCAUCGUGGGGGGCAUAGCCGGGGGGCUGCUGAUCUUGAUGCUCAUCAUCGUCAUCACCCUCAUUUGUCAUCACAAACGCAAGAACAAAAGGCUGGAGAGGGAGCUCACUGUGAGGAAUGAGGAAAUAAGCACUCUCUCCAGGCAAGCGUCUUUCAAGAGAGUGAACUCCGUCAGCACAGACGCCAGAGGAACGACAGAGGAAAACAUCCCUCUGAGGGUGGAGGGAACCUUAAGGACCAGCCUGUCUUCCCUCGGGGAGCAGGCUAACUGCCGCGACAGCCCAUCUACUCUCUCAGGUGGACGGGGAGGAGGGGGAGCAUUUGACUACCUGGGCAGGCCAGUCCUGCACAACAACACGCGGAGGGGAAGAGACAGGCCCCUGGACAGAGACGAGGAGAACCGACUCAGAGUGGAGACAUACGUGAGAAACAGCGCUAUUUCUUUACAGGAAACUCGUUUCCACCCUCCCCUCACGCCAUCAGCCAUCCCAAGGAUACAGUCCACUGAGAUUGUAAGACAGCUGAACGGCAGCGCCAUUAUCCCAACAGAUGGGGGUUCACAGCCAGGAAGCAUCGCCAAGAUACACCAGCAGCCUCCUCUGAGCUACCCACCGGUAACAGACGACGAGGAUGAAAUAGAUGAAGGUUUGGGGGGUCCCGCCAGUCAGGAGCAUCCUGAUGACCAGGACAGCGAGACCAACAGCUCCCCGGUGUCCGAGGCUCACAGUACACGCUACCAGCAGACUAAUGGCACACUCAGACCCAAACCCCGGCCAAGCUCCACCGUGGUCAGUCCUCAUGCCUCCCUGAUCCACAAGGCCCAGAUAGUUUAGCGAGCAGCUGGGAAAUGACACGUGAAACUGCAACACUGGCCAGCUCUGGUCUUGGAGGUGGUUCAAAUGCAGAUACACAGGCAAUGUUUGGUUUCAGUCAAGAAAACCAUUAUGUGGUCAGGUAUGAACAAUCGGCAUCUUGACUCAAAUGCUGCAUCUUUUUUAUUGUGUGGGAACAUGGUGCAAUAGAAUACAAUCUUAAAAAGAAAAGCUCUACUCUGAAGCAUCUCCUGGAUAUUUCUGGAUAUCAAAUGUCUGCCGGAUGUUCUGUGAUCAACAGUGUGUUGUGUAUUCCUCGGAAUUACUGGCACAAACAAAGACAAUGUCGCAGUAUUUCCAGUGCAGCUACUACAGCGUUUAACCGCAGACAAUAUUCCUUGCUCGUCUUUCGCAAUCUGUUGCUCUGUAACGAACAGGUGAAUGCAGCUGACAUACUUUUUGUGGGGGGUGUCGAAAUUAAUAGGAAAUCGACAAAUUCAGGAGGAGUGGUGCAGUCUGUGGGAAAAUUGGUACAUCAGCAGCAUACAUUGCAACACCUCUGUAAGGAGGGAGGAUUCAUGCUGUAGUGGAAUUCAAUGUAUCAGUAGCUGUACCCGUGUUAGGUUCCCUUACACAACACAGUUUGGGAUCUGAUCCAAACUGUGGGGUUGUUGCUGUCUUGCCACACCUGCAACAUGCAUACCUCCACAUUGUCUUGCUGUCCUUUUGCCUUUGACUUUAAGCACUGAGACAUUUUGGAUCAGAUAAAGGCUUCAUACAGACAAAACACGAAAAUGUGUCCUAUAUACAUGUAGUGAUUUGGUGAUCUGUAAAUCUGGACAAAUAUGCAAAUUAUUUCUUUCAAAAGAUACUUUUAUAUAUAUUUUUCAAAUCAUCAAUACAGUAAAUAGUAAAGCAUACACAUAUAGCAGACUGAUAAUGAAUGUCCCCUGUUCAGGCUGCUAUGCGAGGAUGGUAUUUUUAACAUAUUAAACACACACACUAAAUAUAUAUAGGUGUGUAUAAAUGUUGUGUACCUCCGUGUAUGCACACACAUACAAAGUGGAUGAAAGCUGAAAGAAAUACCACGUGUUUGCAAUGUACAUUUUAAUUUUACUUUUUUUUCGACCGAUUGCUUGCUACUUUUGUGAAUACAUCUGGACUUUAACACCAGACCGUAGAGACAAAGGAAGGCUGCCAUGAAUGUGGACAUAGCUUACUGUAUCUGUACGUUGCAACAUUUCUUCUGCCAGCUGGAUUUUUUUUCAACAUCCAAGACAAGAAGAUGCCUUUUCCAAGGAGAAUUUGACAUAAACCGGUACAGAUUUUUUGUAUUGUGGCAAAACCAAACAUGUAUUAUUUAUCUGUAGAUGAAUAAUAGUGGAUAUGUUUGUAUACAUCAGUGUUGGGUUCUGUUACAGCCCCGAUAUGGGAAACAAAGUGCCAUAGGGAAAAUAUGAAAAAAAUCACUUUUGCUUUUUUGGCAAUUAUGAAGUAUUAUUUUGUUCUCACAUGUAUACAUACUUUAUGUUAUCUUCUGUAGAUACAACACAAAUAUGUACCAUUGCAAGUGCUGUUUUGUAUUUGCUGUAGACAGUGCCCCCUGAUGUUUACUGCUGGAAAGUGCAGGGACCUGAAUGAGCCUAAUGCAAAACGACAGAACGAUGAAAGACUCUGCAUUCCACUGUGAUUCUGAAAAAAAGGAUCUUCCUUUCUGGAUUCUCAUUUAUUUUAAGGGCUAUGUAUGGGUAUCUGCUUGUAUUGAUGGGUUGGAAAUAAAUGUGCAUGUUUUUUGUAAAACUCUGAUGCUAACUAAAACUAUUUUCUUUUGUAAAUAGGGGAAAGUACACUGACAUUUAUUCUGGCUUACCUGUGAAUUGUUUGUUGAGACUCCUGUUGAACUUUUGCAGGGGUUAAUGUGCCCCGGGCAGGGCCAUUCUAAAGGACCAAAUGAGCUGUGGGCCUGACUGACGGUUCCUCAAAUUCUAGGUGCGUAGUCUAUGUGUCCUGUUACAUUAUGCUUGGUGGGCAGUUUAAGGUGAGCUUGUGGUACAAAUUAAUUCAAGAAAAAACACCAUGUACGCAUAACAUCAACUACAAACUAAAAAGGUAUUUAAACUAGAUUUUGACACAGGACCAUACAGGGCAAGAACAUAACUGGUAAUAAUGUAUGAGGACACCACAUGGCUGUUAUAAUUUUAGUUUUACCAAACAAACCCUUACCAAACUAAUUUACACUUAAUUAAAUUACCACGAACCAAUUUACAACAUAGCAAACACAGUGUGACCCCUAGGGUCUGGGAGCCUUGGGGCAGUUGCCCACUUUGAGUUGCUGGUAAUCCAGCCCUGGUCCUCAGUGCAGGCACCUCUUAUUAAAGUAAGGUAAAGUUGGAUGUUCAAUUAUAAGGGUUUUAUCAUGGGCUGCAAAGUUCCAUCACAAUGGGAGAAUGUACAUUUUACAAGACUGUUUUAAUAGUUUGGUUGAAACCCCAUUGUGUUUAGAGGGCCUUGACAUGAAAGCAUGUACCACUGUUAAAAACCAAACAAACAAACACACAAAUAAGA